UUCCAAAGACGACUUGCUUCUCUUCUACUUUACUCAACCGUUGGCAAGUCCGAUCAUCGGUCUGUGCUUUUUGGCGGGGGGGUUGUGUGGGACCCUCCGAUUAAAAUCUUGUACUUCCCACAUCUCUCUCUCUUAAAUACUCUCUCUUUCUUUCAUCUUCUCAACCUCCUCCUUCCUCCUCCUCUCUCACUCCCUACUUCACUGUGACUGUUUCCUCGCCGCUUCACUAUCCUUCAUUGCUCUUCCUCUUCACUCCAUGAACACUAUUUGCUGCUUGCUCUUCUUAUUACUAUUCCUUGUUCCUCAGUCCUCGUUCUCUCUCUCUUCCGAUGGGCUUGCCCUUCUGUCUCUCAAAUCUGCCAUCGAUCAACCUCCUGGAGCCUCCGCUUUCCCCGACUGGAACGAUGGUGAUUCCACUCCUUGUCAAUGGUCUGGCAUCUCCUGUAUGAACGUCUCUGGUUCCUCGGAGCCUCGCGUCGUUGGAAUCGCGCUUUCUGGGAAGAAUCUCCGGGGCUAUAUUCCUUCUGAGCUCGGAAGCUUGACAUAUCUUCGCAGGCUCAAUUUGCAUAGCAACAAUUUCUACGGUUUUAUUCCUGUUCAGCUCUUCAAUGCCACUUCACUGCACAGUCUUUUUCUCUACGGUAACAACCUCUCCGGUCCUUUACCUCCCUCGAUCUGCAACAUCCCGCGGCUUCAAAACGUCGAUCUCUCCAAUAACUCCAUCUCUGGUAAUAUCCCUGGGGACCUUAAGAAGUGCAAGCAGUUGCAGAGACUGAUUCUCGCUCGGAACAAGUUUUCAGGGGAGGUACCUAAAGGUGUGUGGUCGGAAUUGGAUAAUUUGGUUCAGUUGGACCUUUCUGCGAACGAGCUGGACGGGUCGAUUCCUGACGAUAUUGGCCAACUGAAAACUCUGUCGGGUACUCUCAAUCUUUCUUUUAAUCACUUGUCUGGCAGGAUUCCGAAGUCGUUGGGGAAUUUGCCAGUUACAGUGAGUUUUGAUCUUCGGAAUAACAAUCUAAGUGGCGAGAUACCCCAAACGGGGUCGUUUGCUAACCAGGGUCCUACCGCCUUUCUGAACAAUCCGCAGCUCUGUGGAUUUCCCCUCCAGAAAUCUUGCGGUAAUUCCAACCAGGGUUCCUCGGGAACUCCAAGUCCAUCUCGGGAGUCUGGAAACCGUCCGGCGAAUGGCCUUAGUCCUGGUUUGAUCAUACUAAUUUCAGCGGCUGACGCAGCUGGGGUUGCGUUAAUUGGCCUUGUAGUUGUGUACAUUUAUUGGAAAAAGAAGGACAAUUCCAAUGGAUGUAGCUGCACAGGGAAGAGCAAGUUUGGCGGGAAUGAGAAAGGGCAUAUUUGUUCCUUCCCGUGCAUCAAUGGUCUCAAAAGUGAUGACUCUGAAAUAGAGGAACCUGAAAAGGCAGAGGAUAGCAAAGGGGAAGGGGAUUUGGUGGCCAUUGAUAAAGGUUUUAACUUCGAGCUUGAUGAACUUCUCCGGGCUUCGGCUUAUGUUUUGGGAAAGAGUGGAUUGGGGAUUGUGUACAAAGUGGUUCUGGGAAAUGGGAUUCCUGUGGCUGUGAGAAGACUCGGAGAGGGCGGUGAACAGAGGUACAAGGAGUUUGCGGCUGAGGUUCAGGCCAUUGGGAAAGUGAAGCACCCUAACAUUGUGAAGUUGAGGGCUUAUUAUUGGGCUCCAGACGAAAAGCUUCUGAUCAGUGAUUUCAUCUCCAAUGGCAAUUUGGCCAAUGCUCUUCGCGGUAGAAAUGGUCAACCUUCUCCGAAUCUUUCAUGGUCAACAAGGCUGAGAAUUGCCAAAGGAACUGCUAGGGGAUUGGCCUAUCUCCAUGAAUGCAGUCCAAGAAAGUUCGUCCAUGGUGACGUAAAACCCUCAAACAUCCUGCUUGACAACGACUUCCACCCUUAUAUCUCUGACUUUGGCCUCAACCGCCUCAUCACCAUAACUGGAAACAACCCUUCCUCUGGGGGCUUCAUGGGCGGAGCUAUUCCAUACAUGAAACCAUCCCAAACAGAGCGAACCAACAAUUACAAAGCCCCUGAAGCUAGAGUCCCUGGCUGCAGGCCGGCCCAGAAAUGGGACGUCUAUUCAUUUGGAGUUGUAUUGCUUGAACUUCUUACUGGGAAAUCUCCAGAGUCAUCUCCCACAACGUCAACUUCCAUGGAAGUUCCUGACUUAGUGAGGUGGGUGAAGAAAGGGUUUGAAGAAGAAAGUCCAUUAUCAGAAAUGGUUGAUCCAUCGCUGCUCCAAGAAGUGCAUGUCAAGAAAGAGGUUCUGGCUGUAUUUCAUGUAGCACUAGCUUGCACUGAGGGAGACCCUGAGGUUCGGCCUAGAAUGAAAUCUGUCUCUGAAAAUCUUGAAAGGAUCGGAACAUGAUUCAGAACCUGAGAUCCGAAUUCCGCCUGGCAAUGAUUUUUAGGUAGACUUGUUUAUGGAAAAAAGAUAGACUAAGCCAUGAAAAUAUACACAAGCAUGUUAGAAUUGGAUCUCAUCGAAAAGAGCUUAUGAUAUGCUUGUGUAUAUCUUCAUGAUUAAUUUAGUCUACUUAUUUAUUUUUUUUUUUUAAGCAGAAUCAUACUUGACAAUCUUUCUUACAAGAUACUCAACGAAGAUGCAUUGCAACCUGUGCCAUGGUGCGUUUGUUGUGGUGGCAUUCAGAUAGUUUCUUGGUGGCCAUCAUGAAGAUGGUGUCGUACAAAAUUCAUUCCUUCUUGGAUCAGGUCAUCAUCUGGAUCUUAACUUUUUUCGGAAUUGUGCAAUUUUUGGAGAGCGGUCACUCUCAUAUUCACCCAACCCUUCCCUUGUUUCUUUUGUGAUGAUCAACCAAGUUGUUAGAUUGUAAUUUAAUUUUUGUUGUGACAAUCUGGUUACAAUAAUUUUAUAACAAGAUUCAUUAUUAUGUGGCAGAUUCAAAAUCA